CUCGUUCCUUUAAUCUCUACACUAUGUCGCUGCCCACAAAUCUGUCUGAUGCCGAGCUGCUCCAGGCCCUCAAUGACCGCCAGAGCCGCACAAACGCCUACCUGUACUACGGGAUCCAGGUGCAGCCGCGGAUCACCCAUGUUGACCAAGCGAACUGCGAGAUGAGAUGCGAAAUCCUGGUCACAGAGAACGACAUUGGCGCAUCCGGCACCUUGGACGAAGGCUGGUUAGGCACUGUCACUGAUAACACCACGGCCAUCAUUAUCGGUGUCAUGGGGGAGCGCGGUCGGGCAUCGGUUUCGACGGCGAUCUCUGUCCAGGGCGUCAUGCCAGUACGCCCCAACACCCUGGUCGAGAUGUGCUGCAAGCUGACCAACCGCGGCGGAAUCCAGCCCCAUGCCACCGCCGUGUUCAGGGACAAGAUGAAGCCCGAAACCGUCUAUGCCGUGGGGAGCCAUACAAAGUUCUACAAGAACAACCUGGUUGUCACGCAGCCUAAAAUCUGA